AUGUUUGGCUUCAUUCACGAGAGUGUCCGUCAGUUGAUGUUACGCAAAUAUGGAGAAGAGUUUUGGCAGAAAGUCUUACAAAGAGCCGGCUUUGAAAGCGGAAAAGAGAACAUUGUUAAUCAUUACUACUCUGAUGCGGACACUUAUGUACUCAUCGAUGCGGUUAGUGUCAUAUCAAAAAUGUCUCGUGAACAAGUUUGGGAGCUUUACGGUGCUUUCCUCAUCGAGUACACUAUGGAGAUUGGCUGGGACGAGUUGAUGAGAGCGAUGAGUCCGAAUUUAAAGGGUUUCCUUGACAAUCUUGACUCAUUGCACUACUUUAUCGAUCAUGUUGUCUACAAGGCGAAUCUCCGCGGGCCAUCUUUUCGGUGUGAAGAGAACACGGAUGGGAGUAUCACAUUGCAUUAUUACACUGGUCGACCGGGUCUCUACCCGAUUGUGAAAGGUGUGCUUCGUGAGGCGGCGAAACGUGUUUUCAACAUUGACAUCUCGUUGUCGAUUACGGGAAGAACCCAACGAUCUGUUCAUAUGUCAACUGGAGAGAAAAUCGAGGAACACGUCAUUUUUUUGAUUAAGACAAUUGAAAAAGAGGGUUCUCCAACGACGGAUCUCAUCGGAACCACCGGUCGAAUGUCGCCGAUUGGACGCGAUUUUAAACUGCGAUUGAGUCAAAGGGAUUUUAUAAACGCUUUCCCGUAUCAUGUCGUCGUCGAUCAAGAUUGCAAAGUGAUGCAAGUGGGGAGAGAGUUGUACAACUUUGUGCCUAAAGAAAUGCUCGAACCGGGCACUCCAUUGAUGAGAAUUUUCGAGAUUUCUCGGCCACAAAUCCCGCUCGAAUUCGACUCGAUUUGCAAUUUUAUCAAUGCCGUUUUUGUGCUUCAGGUUAAAACAACUCCACUUGAGCUGCGCCGAACGAUGGGUGGAGGAGAUCAAAAAAGAGAUAGCGUGGCAACGGCAAUCAGUGCCACGAGUGGGAUGAGUGAUAGCGUCUUCGACAGUGAUCACAGUCAGACUGAAGCAAGUGGACAACAUUUGAAAUUAAAGGGACAAAUGAUGCUUUCAUGCACGGGGAAACACAUCAUUUAUUUGUGUUCACCGUAUGUGACGAGUAUCCCAGAAUUGCUCUCAUUUGGAAUGCGUCUGACUGCAAUGCCCCUUCACGAUGCUACAAGAGAUCUCAUUCUUCUCAAUCAACAACGUCUUUCCGAUGUUGAGCUGAACCUCCAACUCGAGGCCAACAAUGAACAACUUGAAAUUUUGGCGAAAGAUCUUGAGCUAGAAAAAGGGAAAACCGAUGCUCUGCUGUCUGAAAUGUUACCAGCAUCAGUGGCUCAGCAAUUGAAGAGUGGAAUGAGUGUGGAUGCAAGAGAAUACCAAGAAGCGACGGUGAUGUUCUGUGAUGUGCCCUCAUUUCAACAAAUCGUUCCCCAUUGUGCUCCGAAAGAUGUGGUGAUGUUGUUGAAUGAUCUCUUCACGAAAUUCGAUCGAUUGGUCAUCUUGCAAAAGGCCUACAAAGUGGAGACAGUUGGUGACAGUUAUAUGUCGGUUGGUGGAAUCCCGGAGAUCGUCGAGGCUCAUUGUGAGAUCAUUUGCCAUCUCGCGCUCGGCAUGCUGUACGAGGCAAGGAAUGUCACUGAUCCAGUUUCCGGUAAACCAUUAAAAAUCAGAGCUGGAAUUCACUCUGGUCCCGUUGUGGCUGGAGUUGUUGGUGCUAAAAUGCCAAGAUAUUGUCUAUUUGGAGACACAGUAAAUACAGCUUCUCGAAUGGAAUCGCACAGUCCAGUCGGGAGAAUUCAUUGCAGUGAGAGUGCUGUGAAUUGUGCUCAAAAAACUGGCCGCUUUGAGUUCGAAGGUCGUGGAAAGACUCAAAUUAAAGGAAAAGGAGAGAUGAAUACAUAUUAUUUAAUUCGAAGUUUCAAAAGAUCGAUCUGGGAGAUUAUUCAGCAUCAAAGAGAUGAAAAUGUGAAUUCAAUCGACGGAUAUCAAGAGCUCAGAGCUCUUCUCUUUGCCGAAACUGGAUUAAAGAAGAAAAAAUCGACAAAUCCAAGCAUUGCCUGCUCGAUUUGU